UUCGCGGCUUGGGCGCCGCAGUUCCUGCUCCAGGCGUGGAUAUAGCGGGAGUUGUGAAUGGAUCCUGCGCAGAGGGGUUCUCGCCGGGGGAACCGGAGAGAAUGCAGACGCUAGAAACAUGCCGAGAGAAGAUGGGAAGCCCGGGGCUGUUGUGGCCGUCGCGACUGAACCUCGGUUUACCCAGCGCUACAGGGAAUACCUCGAGAAACAAAAACUCCUGGAUAGGCGGCACCGUGUAGCAAAGAUGCCGGAUGGCACCGUGGCGCUCCCGGUGCUGGGGGAGACCCUCCCCGAGCAGCACCGGCGGGAGCUGACCGAUCGCGUGGCCCCAGGCAGCACCUGUGUGCUGACGCAGCUCCUGCAGCCUGUUCCUUCAAAGACGACCCAGAGUCGUGCACCUGCCCAGAGACUGUGCCUGCAGGUGAGGCGGUGGGUGGAGGCCCGGGGAGUAGCGUGGUCAGCGGAGCUGGAGGCUGAUUUGCCCCGAUCCUGGCAACGGCACGGCGACCUCUUGUUGCUGAGUGAAGAAUGUUUCCAGGCCAGGCAGUGGGGAAAUCUAGAACCAGAACUCUGGGCCACCGUUGCCUCGGCGCUUGGCGUCCAGCGCUUGGCCAAACGAGGGCGGGUGUUACCCGACGGCACUCGAACGCCAGCAGUGACCCUGCUGCUGGGUGACCAUGGCUGGGUAGAGCAUGUGGAUAAUGGUAUCCGAUAUAAGUUUGACGUGACUCGCUGCAUGUUCUCUUUUGGAAACAUCACGGAGAAGCUGCGCGUGGCAUCGCUGUCCUGUGCUGGAGAAGUGUUGGUGGAUCUCUAUGCGGGCAUUGGUUAUUUUACAUUGCCCUUCCUCGUUCAUGCUGGCGCCGCCUUUGUCCAUGCCUGUGAGUGGAACCCCCAUGCCGUGGCUGCUCUGAGAAAGAACCUGGAGAUCAACGGAGUGGCAGAUCGCUGCCAGAUACACUUUGGGGAUAACAGAGUGCUGAAGCUUUCGAACGUUGCAGAUAGGGUGAACCUGGGGCUGAUUCCCAGCUCUGAAGAAGGCUGGCCCAUUGCCUGCAGAGUCCUGCGACAGGAUGCUGGCGGCAUUUUGCAUAUCCACCAAAAUGUGGACUCCUUCCCAGGGAAGAGUCCCCAGCCUCCUGGAAGCAGUGAAAUGAAGAAAGAGCAUUGCCCUUACACUCAGCAAAUUAUCACCAACCAAGAGGAAAAUGGAGCUACCGGGGAUUCUGGGAGAAAAGUGCUGUCGCCAUCCACCAAGCCGGAAUGGCAGAGGUGGGCACAAUCUGCAGAAACUCGAAUUGCCACUCUUCUUCAGCAGGUGCAUGGGAAACCAUGGAUGACACAGAUCCUGCGCAUCCAGCCAGUGAAAUCCUAUGCUCCCCACGUGGAUCACGUAGUCCUAGAUCUGGAAUGCCGCCCUGUCCUCUAGUUGGCUAGAGAGGUAGAUCCUGGGAUACAAGGAUCCUAGUAUGAGUGAACUCUGUGUCAGCUCCGACUGGGUGCCUACCUGUUUCCUGUCCUGGAGAUCUAUUUUAGUAUUUUAUGGCCCUGAAAGUGGCUCUAGUCUAAUCCAAAUCAGUUACUUUGCCUUCCAUUGAUCCCACUGAGAAUGAGCUACAAACCUGGAAAAAGUAGCAUGUCUCAUUGAAGUGAGACCCAUGUAUGCAGUCGUGAAUCAUGAAUUCUGACUUCAGUUCUGACCUGGGGUACAUGUUUCACUAUGCAUUUGGCCUUGAAUUUCCUUGUUUGCAAAAUGAGGGUAUCUUUGAACUGUCUCAAAUGGCUGUUUAAAAAAAGAGUUGUACACAAAUGAAAGA